AUGGAUCUGUGCUUCCUUCACCUCUCCUGCUACUUCUUCAUCAAUACCCCACCAGUCAUCAGCUCCGAUACGAGGAAGCAAAGCCCUGCUCCUCCUCCAGCUGCAGCGUUUCGCCAUUCAAGGCUUCGUCAGGUACAUAGGCACCCAUGGGAAGUCACCGACAACUGUAGCUCGUCUGAAAAGCCAUGCUGGCCGACCUCGGCUGAGCUCAGCCCCCCGUUCCCCCUCUCAGGAGUGAUUCAACAACUCAGCCCUCCAUUCCCCCUCUCACAGCUCAGCCCCCCGUUCCCCCUCUCAGGAGUGAUUCAACAACUCAGCCCUCCAUUCCCCCUCUCACAGCUCAGCCCCCCGUUCCCCCUCUCAGGAGUGAUUCAACAACUCAGCCCUCCAUUCCCCCUCUCACAGCUCAGCCCCCCGUUCCCCCUCUCAGGAGUGAUUCAACAACUCAGCCCUCCAUUCCCCCUCUCACAGCUCAGCCCCCCGUUCCCCCUCUCAGGAGUGAUUCAACAACUCAGCCCUCCAUUCCCCCUCUCACAGCUCAGCCCCCCGUUCCCCCUCUCAGGAGUGAUUCAACAACUCAGCCCUCCAUUCCCCCUCUCACAGCUCAGCCCCCCGUUCCCCCUCUCAGGAGUGAUUCAACAACUCAGCCCUCCAUUCCCCCUCUCACAGCUCAGCCCCCCGUUCCCCCUCUCAGGAGUGAUUCAACAACUCAGCCCUCCAUUCCCCCUCUCACAGCUCAGCCCCCCGUUCCCCCUCUCAGGAGUGAUUCAACAACUCAGCCCUCCAUUCCCCCUCUCACAGCUCAGCCCCCCGUUCCCCCUCUCAGGAGUGAUUCAACAACUCAGCCCUCCAUUCCCCCUCUCACAGCUCAGCCCCCCGUUCCCCCUCUCAGGAGUGAUUCAACAACUCAGCCCUCCAUUCCCCCUCUCACAGCUCAGCCCCCCGUUCCCCCUCUCAGGAGUGAUUCAACAACUCAGCCCUCCAUUCCCCCUCUCACAGCUCAGCCCCCCGUUCCCCCUCUCAGGAGUGAUUCAACAACUCAGCCCUCCAUUCCCCCUCUCACAGCUCAGCCCCCCGUUCCCCCUCUCAGGAGUGAUUCAACAACUCAGCCCUCCAUUCCCCCUCUCACAGCUCAGCCCCCCGUUCCCCCUCUCAGGAGUGAUUCAACAACUCAGCCCUCCAUUCCCCCUCUCACAGCUCAGCCCCCCGUUCCCCCUCUCAGGAGUGAUUCAACAACUCAGCCCUCCAUUCCCCCUCUCACAGCUCAGCCCCCCGUUCCCCCUCUCAGGAGUGAUUCAACAACUCAGCCCUCCAUUCCCCCUCUCACAGCUCAGCCCCCCGUUCCCCCUCUCAGGAGUGAUUCAACAACUCAGCCCUCCAUUCCCCCUCUCACAGCUCAGCCCCCCGUUCCCCCUCUCAGGAGUGAUUCAACAACUCAGCCCUCCAUUCCCCCUCUCACAGCUCAGCCCCCCGUUCCCCCUCUCAGGAGUGAUUCAACAACUCAGCCCUCCAUUCCCCCUCUCACAGCUCAGCCCCCCGUUCCCCCUCUCAGGAGUGAUUCAACAACUCAGCCCUCCAUUCCCCCUCUCACAGCUCAGCCCCCCGUUCCCCCUCUCAGGAGUGAUUCAACAACUCAGCCCUCCAUUCCCCCUCUCACAGCUCAGCCCCCCGUUCCCCCUCUCAGGAGUGAUUCAACAACUCAGCCCUCCAUUCCCCCUCUCACAGCUCAGCCCCCCGUUCCCCCUCUCAGGAGUGAUUCAACAACUCAGCCCUCCAUUCCCCCUCUCACAGCUCAGCCCCCCGUUCCCCCUCUCAGGAGUGAUUCAACAACUCAGCCCUCCAUUCCCCCUCUCACAGCUCAGCCCCCCGUUCCCCCUCUCAGGAGUGAUUCAACAACUCAGCCCUCCAUUCCCCCUCUCACAGCUCAGCCCCCCGUUCCCCCUCUCAGGAGUGAUUCAACAACUCAGCCCUCCAUUCCCCCUCUCACAGCUCAGCCCCCCGUUCCCCCUCUCAGGAGUGAUUCAACAGCUCAGCCCCCCCGUUCCCCCUCUCACAGCUCAGCUCCCCCUGUUCCCCCUCUUAGGAGUGAUUCAACAGCUCAGCUUCCACUGUUCCCCCCCUCCCAACUAUGAUUCAGCAGCUCAGCACCCAGCAGUGACUGAGCAGUUUACAUCCCCCUGCAGUGCCUCAGCAGUCUUUGAGCUUUCCGAUCCCUAA